CCAAACCAGAGGGGGCGCUGUAAGUGAGAGCAUUUUGUGUAAACCGUCAGCCAUCUGCCGCAGUCAGUUAGAUCCAACGGGAUUGGAAAAUGGAGGAUUGACACAAAUGAGGGCAUAGCGUCAGGGUUUCUAACGUGUAGAGCCUUCAGCCUUAUACUGAAAAGAACUGUUGUGAUGCCAUUUAGAUUGACUAGUCAUCACCACUGAAGUGAAAGGCUCUCAAGCAUUCUCACAUUUGAGAAUGUGGCUACAGAGUUGCUAAAGCAGCCAGCUGUAUCUUCAAAGGCUAAAACGUGAAGUAAAGAAGAUUUGGAGUUUCUGUUGGUCUGCUGUAGCAGAGAAAAAUGCCAGUGGAGGCAACCACCGACAGUCCUGAAAACCGCUGUCCAGUGCGGCGCAGUGGCAGGCAGCCCAAACGAACGGACAAACUAGAAGAAUUCCUCAUGACGGCAAAAAGGGGCUCCAGAAAAAGUGCUCCUCCAAGUGUUGAAGGCGGAGAUCCUCCUUCCCAAACUCCAACCGAUGCAGAAACGGCAUCUGAAGCCAGUUUUGAUGGAAAUGCUGACUCCAAGAUGGUAGAGGACAAAGCAGAGUCUCCGGAGAGGAGGACAAGAAGUACUGCAAAAAAAGAGGUGCAGAAGAAAACUCAAGGAGGCAGACAGACGAGGUCUGCGGGGAGAGCAACGGUUAAAGAAGAAGGGAGUUCUGAGAAUGAUGAAGACAAUAAAGAUGACAAGAAAGGUCAAACACAAGAUGAAAGUCCAGAGAUGAAAGAUACAAAACCUGAUCUAAUCUCUAAGGACGUAGGGAGCGCUAAGGCAGUAGAGGACUCUCAGGAGGUUGCUCCAGAGGAGACGAAUGAACCUGGGACUAAAGGUGAAACAGAAAAGACUGAUGAAGAAGAUGCUGACAAGCCAGUGGGAAUGAGUCGUAGACCAGUCAGGACAUAUAUCAAUAAGACGAAGAUGGCCAAAAGGAGCCCUACACCACUGAAAGCUCCUACACCUUUUAGCAGAAACACAGCUCCCGUUAAGAAGGAAACGAAGCCCAAAGCAGCUGGAAAGAGCAGGAAUGAGACGACAGAGGAGGAGGAGGAUGACGACGACGAGUCCUUUACCUCUUCGUCUUCGUCUACAUCAUCAGAUGAGUCUGACAAUGGAGGUUACGACCCCAACGCUCUAUACUGUAUCUGUCGUCAGAAACACAACAAACGGUUCAUGAUCUGCUGUGACCGCUGUGAGGAAUGGUUCCAUGGCGACUGCGUGGGCAUCACUGAGGCCCGUGGGCGUCUGAUGGAGAGAAACGGAGAAGACUACAUCUGUCCCAACUGCACUGCAAAGAAGAAUCAGGUGGUCCGGCCUGCCACAUCAAUUCUCCCUACAAGCACAGAGACUGCAAAACCCAGAGCUGAUGUUGCUUCUCAAGUUAUGGCUUCUGCCGCUGCAGCUUCCUCUGCAUCUGCUGAGAGACUUCCAGCCAGUGGGGCGGGUCUUAAUCCGUCAGCAAGUCAGGCAGUGGGACCCCUUCCACCUUCCACAGCAAGUGGGCUGGAAGAGAAAGCAGAAGAUCAGGGCAUCAAAGGCAGGAUAGAGAAAGCUACUAACCCAUCUGGAAAGAAGAGGAUUAAAAUCUUCCAGCCGCAGGCUAUUGAUCAGCCAGUUAAACCCGAAGCAAACCAAAAGGUCGUGUCAGCUAGGGAUCCGAAGGUCCUGCCAGCAGCAGAGCAGAAAGCCCCACCAGAACCAGAGCAGAGGGUUGAAACAACGGUCGAAGUGAACACCACACCGACUGUGGAGGUGCCAGAAGAGAAGGGCAAGCAGAAGGCUGAGGAUGACUCUUCCCUUCCUAAAUGUAUUGGUCCCGGCUGCGACGGCAUCGCCCAGCCGGAAUCUGUGUACUGUGGGAACGACUGCAUCUUGAAACAUGCUGCAGCAGCCAUGAAGUCCAUCACUGAUGUCAAAGAGCCCAAGCAGAAGGACAAGACCAAGCCUCAGAAAAACAAGUCCACAGCAAAGAAGGGUGGAGCUGGUGGGAAGGCGCAGAAGAAGACCCAGAGGGUGUCAGACAGCGAUGAAGACUUCAGCGACGAUCCGGAUCCGGAUGGGGAUGGGGAUGACGAAGACGAAUACGCUGAGGAACACCCGCCUCCGCCGUCCACUGCUUCCUGGUCGAGUGACCAUAAUUACAUUGCAGUAACACCAGAAAAGACUCCACCCAUAUCACCAACAGUGUUAAACAAAAAGUCUCCUCCCAAAGAAGAGAAGAAAACUGGGAAGGAGCAAAACCCGUCUCCUGAGAAAUCCACCAAAGCAUCUGCAGCGCUACGCAAAGGAAAACAGAAAUCCCCUUCUCAAAAAAGUGCUGCAGUUUUGUCUAAGAGCAAGAAGUCCUCUCCACAAGGUGGCAGCUCAAAGGUCUCUAAGAAAACUGCGCCAGCUCCGACUAAAACCGCUGAAAAGUCCAAGAAACCAGGCCAGAUAUCCGCCCCUGCCGCAUCUCCAUUCCCCGCAGGUCCAAUUCACGUCACAGGGGCACUCCGAGUCACCAAGUCUAACUUCACCAUUCCUAAGAAGCAGCCUCAACAGAAAGACUCCACUUCCCAGAGUCAGCCAGACUCCUCCUCACGGGUCCCAACCUCGACUACAUCCAGCCACUCAUCUUCCAGGCCUUCCCAUCCACCUGUAUCAACCUCCCACACAUCCCCUGUGAGGCCACCAGCCAACAACCAGAUGAGGCAGAACAUCCGCCGCUCAUUGACUGACAUUCUCUUCAAAAGGGUGACGGACAGUGAUGAUCUAAAGAUGACAGAAGGUGAUGUGGGAAGACUUGCUUAUGCCAUUGAGAAGGAGAUGUUCAACCUCUGCCUGAGUACCGACAGCAAGUACAAGAACAAAUACAGGACCCUCAUGUUCAACCUGAAAGACCCUAAAAACAAGGGUUUGUUCUACAGGGUGAUCGGUAGACAAGUUACACCUUUCAGAUUGGUGAGACUCAGUGCUGAGGAGCUGCUCUCCAAAGAAAUAUCUGAGUGGAGGAAGCCUGAAUCUUCUGAGGGUCAUUCUCGGGCCCAUUCAGGGCAUUCCAGACAUGGAAGCAGGCAUGAGUCAGGCUCCCACAUCGUAGAUAUGGAGGAUGCUCCCCCAUCUGAUGCUGAUGUAUGUAUUUCUGCCUCUACGUCAUCUUCUCGCUUGGUUUCUGCUGCAGACCAUGAUGAGGCUGGCUCAACUCCCUCAGCGUCAGCCCAGCCCUCUGCUGAAGGGAACAGUGGCAGCAACGUGGUGGAUGUUUUCAGCAGCAUGCUGAAAGACACCACUUCUGAACACAAGACUCAUCUGUUUGACCUCAACUGUAAAAUAUGCACAGGACAAAAGGCAGAAGAUGAACCUGCAUCCAAAAAAGCCAGACUGUCCAACAAGCCUGACAUCAAGUCACCCAGACAAGACUCAAGAUCAUCCAGGGCUGGGGACCCACCUUCUGUCAACCCAGCAACCUACCCUCCCCUAGAUCCCUUAACAUCCCACCAACCAGUCCCUCCAUCCUACCACUCCAACGCAGGACCAGUUGUUCCAGAAACUCCACCACAGCUCUAUCAGGAGGAUCCGAAUGUGAUGGCGCCUCCCACACCAACCCCUGUGCUCAUCAGCCCUGCUGUCUCUUCUGUCAGCAUCUCUCGCAGAGACCCUCGCAUGGCCCGCCUCAGCUCUGCCACGAACGUGGUGCCGCCGGCCCUUGACAAACCCACCAGUACCACAGCGGAUCCCAUCCCAGCUCCUGUUAUAGCUCCUGUUGCUGCUCCAAUGGAUGCCGUAGUUAAAGUACCACUGCCAAUGCCUCCAGCUCCACCUUCUGCAGUGGCUGUGCCCAAAUCUUCUAAGAAAAGCUCAGCUGAGCCUCCUCCUGAGGGGGAAACAGCCAUCUUCUUGUAUGGUCAGGAGACCAUAUGGAAGGGCUUUGUCAACAUGCAGUCAGUUGCUAAGUUUGUGACUAAAGCCUAUCUGGUCUCAGGCUCCUUUGAACAUCUGAAAGAGGAUUUACCUGACACCAUUCAUAUCGGAGGCAGGAUAUCACCCAGCACUGUAUGGGACUAUGUUGGGAAGCUGAAAACUUCACUCUCCAAGGAGCUGUGUCUGAUCCGCUUCCAGCCAGCCACUGAGGAAGAAGAGGUAGCAUAUGUCUCCCUCUUCUCUUACUUCAGUAGCAGAAAGAAAUUCGGCGUGGUAGCUAACAACAACCGGCGCAUCAAAGACCUCUAUCUCAUCCCACUCAGCUCAAAGGACCCUUUACCCUCCAAACUAUUACCGUUUGACGGGCCAGGGCUUGAACCAGCUCGUCCCAACCUCCUCCUGGGAUUGCUGAUCUGCCAGAAGGACCGAAAGCGAGCUGGUGCACCACUUGAAACGGAGGAGAAACGGUCCAAGACUCAAACCAAAGACGCAGAUGAAACCGGACUUCCAAAGCCUGCUCCCACUGUCAAGGCAGACAGAAUCGCUCGGCAGAGUCUUGAAAUCCCCUUCAGCACAACUCCCCCAGGUUCUCCUCCAUCUAGCUCCUCUGAGAUCUCCAGCAGCAGCAGCACCACCACAAGCUCCGCUGUCUCAGUUCUUUCCUUGCUAUCAGCUGUCAAAACUCCAGUCACCUCUGCUACCCCUGGCAAGGAUUCCACAUCUAGAUCAAGCUCUGCUGCUGCCUCUGUAGCAGCCGCCACACCUCUUCAGACCAUUCUCAACACGAUCUUCAGGAACAAAAAGCAGGACUCGGAUGCCUCUAACUCUCCAUCUGAUCAAACUGGGGAACUUCCUGCCACCUCAACAAUGUUAGACCCCAUUGUUCAACAGUUUACCCAGAAUCCGAAAGAGAAACCGGUAGAGGAGGAUGAAGACGACAGACCGUAUGAUCCAGAAGAGGAGUAUGAUCCCAGUCGGGUCUUUAAUGUGACCAAGAAGCCUGCUGACGAGCUAAUCAAACCUGAGGUCUCUAAGCAGCCUGAGGAGGUAGCAGGUGAAACCGAUGACGUGGAGUAUGAUCCUGAAGAUGAUUCGAUUUUUGAUGAUGUGAAAACUUUGAUACCAGCACAAGCUAAGCCUGUAGCUGAAAAUGCACCUGAUGCAAAGAGGAUCCUGGAAAAUCUUAGAAGAAUUGGAGAUCAAGCAUUGCAGAAACAGGCAGAAGAGCAGACAUCAUCCACAGAGACGGCCACUGCAGCUUUGAUGCUUCCAAACACACUUGCCAACAGUCACUUGCUUCAACUUGGCAAGAAAGUUGAAGAACUAGUCAAGUCGUCAUCAGUUGCUCCCCUGAUCAACCAGAGGAGAGAUCCAAGACAGAGCAGGGAUCCUCGCCAGGCUGUGGUUGAACAGAAAGUGUCUGAACCUGAACAGAAAGAGGAGUUGUCUCCUUCAACUGAACUUUCUCCCUCUGCGCCUCUGCCACAAGAGCAAUUGCAGCCUGUAGUAGAAGACCAUGCUGAUACCUCACAAGGUCCAGAGACUUCUCUGGCACAGGAGGAGGUAAAAAGUGAGACACUGCCCUUCAUGGAGUCAGAAAAUGAAGGGGUGUCAAUUCCUUUACUGGGAGAGGAGUUGGAACCUGAUAUGGAGGUCAGCUACAUGAACAAUAGAAAACAGAAAAGUGAGGAAGCAGAUAAAGAGAAAACUGAAGGGGACAAAUACAGUAUUUGGCCAAAUGCUGCCAGUAUUUUAAAAGCUGGUGAGGAUUCAGAGUACGAGGAAAAUAGCCAAGAUGCACCAUCUUCAAGGUAUCACAGAGAGUCUACAGACGGCUCCACAGUAACUUCCACCAUCCCCGUACUCACUCAAAGCACAGUCGCCGAUGCUCACUCGCGACACAUGUCACAUCACAUGUUAGCCGCGGGCUUUGAUAACGAGUACCGUCCUAUGGCUGACGUUCCCCCAAAGUCCAGCUUUCCACCUCCCCACUCCCUGCAGGGUCAGAACCUGAUGCUGAGGCCUCCACCCCCGUCCAUGCUGCCACCCAUGCAGGGUCCUCCUCUAAUGUCUGGUCCUUCUUCAAUACAGGGGCAUCCCCCAACAAUACAGGUUCCUCCCCCUAUUCAUGGUCCUCCCCCCCGUCAAGGUGAUGGCAAUCAGCAAUAUGGCCCACCUCCGCCAUCCUAUCCUCCCUAUCAAAAUCAGAACCAGUGGCCGAACACCCAGCAGCAGCCACCUCCUGGACCACCACUACAAAAUGUCCUGCCGCCUAGAGGACCACCCUUGUCAUUCCCUCCAGUUUCUCAAAGAGCUCCUCCCCAAAUAUUUGAUCCCUCUAUUACCCCUCAGCACAUUGGACUACAAGGCCCACCUCCAAGCAUUCCCCCACCUCCAAAUUUUGAAGGACAGAACAGCUUACCACCACCAAGAUUCACUAGUCCUCCACCUCCUUUUAAUUUUCCUGCUAACAGGGGUCCUCCUCCACCUUUCACAGGACCACCACCAUCUGCUCACUUUGAUAACAGGCUCCCUCCUCCUGCUCUCUUCCCAAGCCCCAGGGCUCCCCCACCAUCUCAGCAUUAUAGCAAAGACACUCCCAGUAACUCCUUUAACCCUAGAAUGGAUCAGAAUCCAAAUCCUCCCCACUAUUUUAAAGAGAGCCUGGGUCCUCCAGCACCUCCUGCUUACCGUGGACCUUCGCCGGACCAGUACGAGGACAGAAGAGGACUGCCUACUAGUGGGGAGUUGAGUGGACCGCUCUUCAAACCACAUAACCAGUAUGGCAGUUCUAGGCCACCACCAUCUUUACUAAUGGAGCGACGGUCUUUUGAUGAACCCCGAGGACCCCCAGCUCAGGAAAAUAGGCCCCACCAUUCUCAGAUUUCUGAACGCUAUCGUUUCGAUUGGCAUUCAGACGAGCCAAGGCCUGUUCGCCACGGCAUGCCACUGCUGUCACACCCUGCAGACGGACCCCAUGGUCCUCCUAGUCGCCAUGGAGCCCAAAGUCCAGACCUACAGAGGGAGGACCACUGGCGGCAUCUUUCUCCUGAAAUGAGAAGGAAGAGCAGCAUCACCCACGAGGAUUUAGAACCUCGCAGUGGAGAGCGUUUGAGCCGUUUUGAAGUACCACACAGAGAACUUGCUUCUGGCUCCUCACAGUCCUUAGAGGAGAGGCAGAGAGAGCUUUCUGAAGACCGCAGGAGGGAAAGAGAGAAGGAAAGUCCUCAUGGUGGCAGGCCCUCGUGGGACAGGGGGAUGGGAAAACGCUGGAGCCGGGAUCAAGACUGGGACCGAGGCAGGGAAAGGGAGCGGGAUCUGGAGCGUGGAAGAGAAGGAGACCGCAGCCGAGGGAGGGACAGUGAGAAGAACAGGGACACAGAGGGAGAGAGACACAGGGAUCAAGAUUCUGAGAAAAGAAGGGACAAGGAGAGGGAGAAAGAGAAGGAGAAGGAGAGGGACAGAGAUAAGGAUAGAGACAGAGACAGGCCUAGGGAAUCUGACCGGAGGGACUAUGACCGUGACCGAGCGAGAAACCGUGACCGAGACAGAGAGCGAGAACGAGACCGAAGACGAGAUCGAUCAAGAAGCAGAGACCGUGACCGGGAUCGUGGAAAAGACCGGGGAAAAGAAAGGGAGCGGGACAAGGAGCGCGACAGAGAGCGCGACAAGGAUCGCGACAAGGAGCGCGACAGAGAGCGCGACAGAGAGCGGGAACGAGAUCGGGAUCGCGAAAGAGAGCGAGAUCGUGACCGCAGUAGAGAUCAAGAAAAGAGGAGCAAAGAAAAGAAAGAGGACAAGAAAGACAGUAAACACGAUACAUCCAAGGAGAAAACAAAAAGUGCAGACAGUGACAAGUACACUUCCUAGGCUCUGUUUUAUAGACAUUACAGCUUUCAUAUUCUUAAAUCUUCACCCAAACAUCACUGUAAAUGUGUAGGUGCAGUAUUUUGUUGAAUUUUCAUUUUCAGAUGGUUUUGUGGAAAAGCUCUUAACAAUAGACAAUGUUUGUAUUCUAUGUCAACUUACAAUUUCUACGUUUCUUUUACAUUGCCUUUGACAAAAAAAAAAAUCCACCUAAGUUACUUGAGUGCAACACAUUGUGUAGGCUUCCUAGUCCAAACAAAUGUACCUUUCUCCGGUUGCAAUGUGUUUAUUUUUUUGUUCUUUUUUUGCAGAAAACAAAAUGAUGUAACUGAAUCACACCAUUUAUAAUAUGUAAAUAUGCACAUUUCUGUAUAUACUGAUGUUUUUAUCCAGACUUUUCUAAGUGCAGAAAAUAAAAGCCAUAUAAAUGAA